AUGCGUAUCAUAUCAUCGUACGUGAUGGAUAGGUUGAGGAAAUUGUCGGAAGGAUAUAUGAUAGGAAAUGCUGGAGUGAAGAUUCGACUAACUAAAAAAGGGAUUAAUCAUGUGAAAACGGUUGGUGUUCGUCUACUGAACGAACAAAUCUCGCAACUAUCCGGCUACUCGACGCAAUUUACGAUCUCACAGCCAGGAAUUGAAGGUUACGUCAAUUUGAACAACGUACGAGUGUUGCAGUAUAAUCCACCACAGGUUUCCGUGGUAAACUUCCUUCCGCCUCGUUACGUUGUCUUUGGCCUGGAGAACAUGGAUAUUUCACUAACUGGAGCCUUUUAUGGCAAUGGUGGUCCAUUCCAAGUGGAUGGAUUCGUGGAUGGAAGCAUUCUUGGUAUGACUGUGGCGCUAACGGCUGAGUUCGCCACUACUGAUGAUGGUCUGAUGAGGGUUCAGACCGAUGCGUGCUCACUCGUUUUCAUCAGUGAUGUUGAGAAGUUGUGGGAGUUUUACGGUAUAGUACUAAGUGUGACGAUCAUAGGAAAUAGUAGAUUCGUCAAAGAUUUUGUAAGAGGUAUGUAUAUUGAUAACAAACACAUAGAGGAUCCAAUAGUGACAAAUGAAUAUAUUGAAACUCAUCAAAGAGGUGAAAUUCGCUACAGUAGCAACAAUGAACCGACACCUUUCUAUCCAAAAGCAAUGUACACUGACAAUGACUCUGACCGUAUGCUCUAUUUUUAUGGAUCUGAUUUCUUAUUCAAUUCACUACUAUAUCACGCCUAUCAAACAAACAAACUCUCAAUAAAGCUAGACAAGAACAACCUCUCGAAAAAGUAUCGUGGAUUCGUAGCAACAACCUGCAAUGGAGGUGUAGCAGGAGGUGACUUUACGUCAUCAAUCUGCGUGGGAAAACUCAUUCCUCCAAUAGCUGCGACGUACCCAAAUACGACUACUUCAUUCGUACUUCUACCUCAUGGACUACCAGAUUUUCAAUUCAACGGUGAUGCCGGUGCCAUUAAGCUCUCGACUCGAAUUCUAACAUAUGUGGACGAUCAUGGACACGAUAAGCAAAUCAUGGUCUCAUCAGCGGAAGGACAAGCGGACAUAUUGCUAGCGGCACAAAACGGACGAUUAGGUGGCGAUCUUAAGCUGAACAGGCUCAACGUUCGCCUUCAUCGUUCUGCUCUUCCUGGCAUGGAUCCAUCAUCCAUAGAACAACUGACACCGUUAGCAAAAACAUUUAUUGGUCCACAACUAAGUCAAGCAUUGAAGAAAGGAGUGCCGUUUCCUCUUAAGGAUUCAAUCACAUUCGUCGAACCACAGUUGAAGACACGUGACGGCUACAUCGAAUUGGCCACCGACUUCAUUCUGAACGAAAACGCUUUGAGGAAGAAAAUACGAGAAACGUUCUCUGAUAUUGAUAUUUGA